AUGUCAUUUCUUUCAGCCACUCCCAGGAAGCAGCGCAGGGAGCGCACCACCUUCACCCGCACACAGCUGGACAUCCUGGAGGCGCUCUUCUCAAAGACCCGCUACCCAGACAUCUUCAUGAGGGAGGAGGUGGCCCUCAAGAUCAACCUGCCUGAGUCACGUGUCCAGGUUUGGUUUAAAAACCGCCGUGCCAAGUGCCGCCAGCAGCAGCAGCAGAGCAGCGGCCAGUCCAAGCCCCGGCCUCCCAAAAAGAAGGCCUCGCCAGCGCAGGAGCCUAGCGUUCCUGAUCCCGUUCCUAACCCAUCUGGCUCAUUCAGCCCCUCCUCAGCCCAUUCUGGCCCCAGCCUGGCCCCGAGCUCCAGCACCGGAAACACUGCCGUGUCCAUCUGGAGCCCAGCCAUCUCACCCCUGCCAGACCCCUUGGCCUCCUCCUCGGCGCCCUGCAUGCAGCGGCCCUCACCUUACCCUAUGAGCUAUGGCCAGCCGUCAGCCUACACCCAGGGCUAUGCUAGCACAACCUCCUACUUCACUGGCCUGGACUGCAGCGCCUAUCUGUCCCCCAUGCAUUCACAGUUGUCAGGCACCGGAGGUGCUCUCAGCCCCAUUGCUGUGCCCUCUAUGGGGGGCUCCUUAAGCCAGUCCCCAGCAUCUCUGUCUUCACAGGGCUACAGCACUGCCUCUUCCCUGGGCUUCACCUCUGUCGACUGCCUGGACUACAAGGACCAGCAGGCCUGGAAGCUGGGCUUCACCACAAUGGAUUGCCUGGAUCACAAGGACCAAAACUCCUGGAAGUUCCAGGUUCUCUAGAAAGGGUGUCAACAUGCCACGUGCAUCAGUGAAUCCCAUGUA